CCGUCAAAAUGACAUCAAAAGUGGGUCCAGUAGCCUUGAAAACGUUCCGCGAGAAGCUCGGCCCGGAACUGCUCGAAGUAUUCGAUAAAAGUUACAAAUCGUUCACAGAUGUACAAGUUCUCUCUGGAACACAUCUCCUUAACCUGUCUGAUGUUGUCGUUGAAUCUCCAACUGGAUCUGGAAAGACUCUUGCUUUCGUUUUACCAAUGAUGAGAAUGAUUCAAAAUGCAAAACUUCAGCCUGCUGACAUUGGAGCACUUAUUCUAUCGCCUUCAAGAGAGCUCUGCAGUCAAAUCGUUAGCGUAAUUCAACCAUUCGCAGAGAAACUCAAUUUAACUGUGGAAACAGUUACUGGAGGACAGAAAGUGGACAAAAAUAUCAAGAUGUUCAAGAAUAAAAAUGUCAACAUUCUUGUCGCCACUCCCGGACGUCUUUUCCAAAUAAUUCAACACGAGAAGACCCUUAUUGCUCGAAAAAUGAGAACUCUUCAACUCCUCGUCAUUGAUGAAGCGGAUAGAUUUAAUGAAAUUCAGUUUGAGGAUCAUAUGCGAGAGAUUCUCUCAUGUAUCCCAAAGCAACGUCGUACCGGAUUGUUCUCUGCUACUCAGGUUAAGGAAGAAGAUGAUUUGAUGGUUUUUGGUUUGCGUAACGCAAAGCAAGUGAAAGUGGCUCAAGAGAGGAACUCGGCCGCACCUUCAACGUUGAAGAAUUAUUAUGUCGAAUGUCGAGCUGAUGAGAAAACGAGUGUCUGUUUGGAGUUUAUUCGCCAGAGAACGGAUAAAAAGAUUCUUAUCUUCUUUCCUUCGUGCAAUUCAGUUAGAUAUUUUUACAAGAUUUUUGAAAGAUGUCUUGGUAAACGCCCAUUGUUCGCAGUUCAUGGAAAAUGCUCAAACCCACACCGUGCAUCUCAAAUCAAAGCAUUCUCGGAUAGCACCAAUGGAGUUAUGAUUUCAACUGAUGUGAUGGCACGAGGAAUUGAUAUCUCGGAUAUUGACUGGGUCAUUCAGUUCGAUCUUCCAAAACAUUCCAGUUGGUUUGUCCAUCGAGCCGGCCGAACAGCCAGAUGUGGUCGUGAAGGAAAUGCUCUUAUUCUCAUCGCUUCGGAACAGUUGGCCUAUGUGAAUUUCCUUGAUAACCACGAGAAAGUAAAGCUUGAUGAGAUCAAAGUUCCAACUAACAAUUCGAGAAAAUCGGAAGAGCUGAGACAGAAAAUGAUCAAAAUUCAAGUUUCUGAUCGUGCAAUUCUAGAAGCUGGAACUCGUGCAUUUGUGAGUCACGUGGAGUCAUAUGCCAAACACGAUUGUCAUCUCAUUUGCUCACUUGAUGAUCUCAACGUGGUCGGUCUUGCCAAUUCGUACGCUCUUCUCAGAUUGCCGAAAAUGCGUGAACUGUCACAAAGAAAAGAUUUGGAUAUGUUCGACAGAAGUGCCAUCGAGACAUCUGAAAUCAAAUACGCCGAUGUUAAACUAGAAGCCAAUCGGGAAACUGUGAUGAAAGAAAAGCACGAGAAGAAGGUCGAGACGUUGGCUGCAAAGGAUAAGAAGCGCCGUGAGAAGGAGGCUAGAAAACUGAAGAAGAUGGGUGGAAGGUUCAGAAAUGGUGGUGGAACUGGUAGAAAAGCAGAGGAGAAGAAGGCUUUGAAGAGAAAGGCCGAAGAAGAAGAUGAUGCUCAAAAUGAUAUCCGAUUGUUGAAGAGAAUCAAGAGAGGAAAGUUGAGCAAGAAGGAAAUCAAGGAUGUUCUUUAAAUUGUUUUUUGUUUCUUUAUUACUUUUUGUUUUCUUUUUUGUUAUUGUCUUGUUAUCACUGUUUUUCGUUUUCAUAAAUGAACGUUUUAAAAUGAAAAAUCAAUUUAUUGCAGAACGAUAUGAGAUCGCAAGAAGAAUUAAAUAAAAAAGUUUCAAUCGCAA